AUGAGCAAUAGAGUAGCCGCGUAUAACGAAGCAGUCCAAGCAUUUCAAGCGGGAACUCCAGUUGUCAAUUCAGCUAUAACCACUACAACCACAGUUUUCACAUUGUUCUUAUUGCUCCUAUCAUUUGGUUCUUUAUCAUUCACAUUACUUGGAGAUAUCAAAAAGAAGAGCUUGUUGAGUUAUUUGAUUAGUGCCAUUGUUGCUUCAUUGAGCGUCGGUUUCAUCUCUGCAAGGGCACAAGCAGAUGAAUAUGCAAAUGAUCCAAACAUAUUCGAAUUGACGUCAUCUAAUUUUGAUAAAGUGAUACAUGGCUCAAAUUACACAUCAAUCGUCAAAUUUUAUGCACCUUGGUGCGGGUAUUGCCAACAAUUGAAACCAGUCUGGAAAAAAUUGGGCAAAGCCAUUGGUGGAGGCUCGAAACUUAGUGUCAAUGUGGCAGCAGUCAACUGUGAUAAAGAUUAUAACAAGCCCCUUUGUGCUCAAUAUCAAAUCAGUGGAUUCCCAACUGUCAUGGUAUUUAGACCACCCAAAUAUGACAAGUCCAAGGCAGUUGGAGGUAGAAAACUGAGACACGCUAGUGAAGCAUAUAGCGGACCACGCACAGUUAAAGCUAUGCUGCAGUUUUUAAGCUCGAGGUUGAAAAAUUAUGUUAAGAAGUUGCAUAAUUUGGAUAAAGAUUUGGUCAAUUGGGUUAAUAACGACACCGACAAGGCGAAAGUUCUACUUAUUGCAAAGUCGAAUCUGAUUAGUCCGUUGUUGAAGUCUUUGGCGAUUGAUUUUAUAACCAAAGUUGACUUUGCAAUGUACGGAAAGUACAAUGACCAACCAAAGACUAUUGAAAUUGACGGCAAGCUGGUGGAUGUGCCUAAGACUGAGUUCUCAACCUUGCUCUAUUUAGAUAGAGACAGUGGAAAGUUAUUACCCUACGAUGCGACUGAGAAACUAGACGACAAAACUAAGAUAUCAAAGUGGGUCAAAGCCGUUACUCAAGUCGACCCCGUCGAAGGACCAUUAUCUAAUCGUGGAAAACGGCUUCUCAAAUACAAGAGUAAAAAAAAAGUCGAGCAUGAUGAAUUGUAA